AUGGAAGGUUCUGUUGACACUAAAUUACUGCUAAUUCAAUACCCUGAUUAUAGGCACGGACCACGAUUAAGAAACUACACGCGUUACGCGGUACUUUGCCAAGGGGAUGAGACUUAUAAUGAAAACUCAUCCCUUCUUUCCUUUGACGCCAUUUUAGGAAAUGGUGUAAACCAGAAUGGAUUUGGACCUGGACCGGAUGACCCCAACAGACCCAGUGAAAUAUAUUCUACGGCUUUUGUGGAGGAAACAUCCUUUGCCCAUGCCGGUUGGGACGCGACCCCUCUCCCCUCUGCUGUGGCACUGAUUGAGAUCGCCCCGGCACAGGAGUCCGUCUGGCCCAGCUUCACGGCUCUCAGACGCUUCUUCCACCAGACUCUGGAGCGUUUCCACACUUACCUGAGAGAGCUUUUAAGCCAACUGGGCUUAGGGGAUGGACGGCAGGACCACACCAAACCCCGUGAAAUACAUUUCUCUGACAAACUAGAGACCGUUGUGGAGGAAACAUCCUUUGCCCAUGACGGUCGGGACGCGACCCCUCUCCCCUCUGCUGUGGCACUGAUUGAGAUCGCCCCGGCACAGGAGUCCAUCUGGCCCAGCUUCACGACUCUCAGACGCUUCUUCCACCAGACUCUGGAGCGUUUCCACACUUACCUGAGAGAGCUUUUAAGCCAACUGGGCUUAGGGGAUGGACAGCAGGAUCACACCAAACCCCGUGAAAUACAUUUCUCUGACAAACUAGAGACCGUUGUGGAGGAAACAUCCUUUGCCCAUGACGGUCGGGACGCGACCCCUCUCCCCUCUGCUGUGGCGCUGAUUGAGAUCGCCCCGGCACAGCAGUCCAUCUGGCCCAGCUUCACGGCUCUCAGACGCUUCUUCCACCAGACUCUGGAGCGUUUCCACACUUACCUGAGAGAGCUUUUAAGCCAACUGGGCUUAGGGGAUGGACAGCAGGAUCACACCAAACCCCGUGAAAUACAUUUCUCUGACAAACUAGAGACCGUUGUGGAGGAAACAUCCUUUGCCCAUGACGGUCGGGACGCGACCCCUCUCCCCUCUGCUGUGGCGCUGAUUGAGAUCGCCCCGGCACAGGAGUCCAUCUGGCCCAGCUUCACGACUCUCAGACGCUUCUUCCACCAGACUCUGGAGCGUUUCCACACUUACCUGAGAGAGCUUUUAAGCCAACUGGGCUUAGGGGAUGGACGGCAAGACCACACCAAACCCCGUGAAAUACAUUUCUCUGACAAACUAGAGACCGUUGUGGAGGAAACAUCCUUUGCCCAUGACGGUCAGGUCGCGACCCCUCUCCCCUCUGCUGUGGCGCUGAUUGAGAUCGCCCCGGCACAGGAGUCCAUCUGGCCCAGCUUCACGGCUCUCAGACGCUUCUUCCACCAGACUCUGGAGCGUUUCCACACUUACCUGAGAGAGCUGAUUGGCGGCUUGCCGGAAGAGUGGCAGCCAAACUUCGCCCUGCACGAAUGGAGCAGCCAGAUGUUGUCCUUCGUGGCCACUGUGGAAGCUGUCCUAAUUGUUGGCAGCGUCUUCAUCUCACAAUGCAUUGUGGAAUCUGCCUUCCUACACAGUGAGGAGGAACUAGACAAGGUCUACAGGAAACUACUCAAUCAGCAGAAUCAGACUCGGGCUGUGGAAAAUCAAGUCAAGGAGCUGGAGCUGCAGCUGCAGGUGUACGAGCGAGAGAGGGCUUUCCAGGAGCUGCAGGUCCGAGAGGCCCAGGGCCACCUCAGCACCAUCGACAGGAAGUGCACAGAGCGCGUCCUUAACCAGAAGCGCGUUCAGGAGCUGGAGGAAGCCAGAAUGAUGCAGGCACGGGAAGAAUUAAUGGCUCACAAGCGGAAGGUGAAGAAGAACCAUCAAACGAACUCGUCCGCAGAGGUCACCCUUCAGGAAGAACAGCUGUCACUCGAGAUCCGAGAGACCAGGAGGUCUCGCAGAGAGCUGGCUAAGAUGAAAUCAGCGAUGGAUGAGGUGGACGAACUGGUCUUUGAUUCCACGGCACGCUGUUCUAAAAGCCAGACUCCCCCUCCUGAGACUGACACUCAUGGCUCACAGACUGAUUGAUGUGUCAAAAUUCACCGAACACAGGUGCACCAGGCUCUUUACCAAUAAAAAACUGAUCUACCAAGCUCUUCACCAAUCAAAACUUACCUAACAGAGCCGCUCCAAGCUUCUCACCAAUCAAAAUUCACCUAACACAGGUGUACCAGGCUCCUUACCAAUCAAACCUGAUCUACCAAGAUUCUCACCAAUCAAAACUCACCUAACAGAGCCGCACCAAGCUUCUCACCAAUCACAAUUCACCUAACAGAGCUGUGCCAAGCUCCUCACCAAUCAAAAUUUACCUAACAGAGCUGUAUCAGGCUCCUCACCAAUAAAAACUUAUCUAAUAGAGCGUAUAAUCCAAAUGAGUGUCCUGUAAUUGAACUA